CCGUUAUUACCGGCCCCGCUUUAUCCAUUCAUGGUGAUUCGGCUAGAGUCACACACACCAAGUUUAUUGCAUGCCAUUAAAAGAGUCUCUUUGUAGCAGUUGUUGUUCUUGUUUUUUGUCAAGUUCUUUGCUCACAAACUUGGUAUCUUCUUCCUCUAUUUAAACAACUUCAUGUCGUCUUUGGAAGCAAGAACGGGGCGACUCAGGCAACGUUACGAUGAAAACAAUUUGCGACUUGUUUCUGGAUGCAUUCCCUACAGGCUAACAAAGGACGACGGGAAUCAAAAUGAUGAUAUAGAGAACAAGAUAGAAGUUGCCAUGGUUUCUUCACCUAAUCGCAGCGAUCUAGUGUUCCCUAAGGGUGGAUGGGAGAAUGAUGAAACUGUCAUUGAAGCUGCUUGUCGCGAAGCCUUAGAGGAAGCAGGAGUGAAAGGAAUUCUAAGAGAAAAUCCCUUGGGAGUUUGGGAGUUCAGAAGCAAGAGCAGACAAGACCUGCUCAGCCAGGAAGGUGGCUGCAAAGGUUACAUGUUUGCAUUGGAGGUGACUGAGGAGCUUGAGUCCUGGCCAGAGCAGGAAAACCGCUGUAGGAAAUGGCUAAACAUAAAAGAUGCCUUUGAACUAUGCCGAUAUGAAUGGAUGCGUGAGGCGCUGGAAGCGUUUCUCGGAGUCAUGGCCAAGGAGGAAAAGAUUGAGACGGAAGAAGAGAAAGUAGACCCCCCUACUACUUCGCCAUUAUCAGAAGUUGUAGCAGAGUGUCAAAUUAUCUCAUCGUCAAAUUGCUAUGUAAAUCCUUCCAGUAGCCAACAUCACAGUAUUAAUGCUUUAAGCGCAUUUCCUUGGCAAAUUACUCUCAAGAGGUUUCCAUUGACGUAGAUAUAUUGAUCUCUUGCCAAAUGCUCAUUAUUAUCUGCCUCUUUUACAGUGUUUGCAGUAGCUUCUUGUGUAAUUCGUAGUGUCCUGUAACGCCUUCCAUUUUGGAAAAACCAAAUUGUGAAGUGAAAAACUGAUUUCGCAUAUGCCUUCAAAUUUUUAGUGAAAUGAUCUAUAUUAAUUUUCUCAAGUUUAUAUCA